AAAUUUCACUCUACUAGAUCCAGAAUGGAUGGCAUCAGAAGAACUAAAAUUAUUGAAUGCAGUUGAAGAAAGAGGCAUUGGAAAUUGGUGUGACAUAGCUAGAGAUGUGGGGACUAAAAGUAAAGCUGAGUGUGAGGAGCAUUAUUUCAAGUAUUAUGUGUAUAAACCAACACCACCUCUUCCUGAAAUUCAAGCCCCAGAAAGAUGCAAGGAUAUCCAUCCUGCUCCAGUGUCUUGUACUAACUUUUCUCAAGACCCUCCACGCCCAAUAAUUUCUUCGACUUUGUACCAAGAAAUGGCUGGAUACAUGCCUGCAAGAGGAGAUUUUUCAUCUGAGUAUGAUGAUUUUGCUGAGUUAGAUAUCAAAGAUCUAGAUUUUGAUGAGGACGAUGAUCCUCUAUUUAACGAGGUUCAGAAAAAUGUAUUAAGCAUUUACCAAAAUCGGUUGAAAGAAAGAGCUCGUCGGAAGCACAUUAUUAUGACUUUUGGGUUGAUAAGCAUGAAGCGAAACUUUGAAGACUGGAAAAGAUACUCUAUAUUGGGAAAAAACAUCCUGGAUAAAAUGAAAGCAUUUAUGCGUCUCUUUGAACCGGAGAGUUAUUAUAAGUUCAUGGAAAGCAUGUUAUAUGAAGAAAAAACUAAACAAAGGAUAAAGAUGCUUCAAGAAUGUCGCAAAGCUGGAAUAACUAGGCUACAUAGUAUUGGAACGUAUAUGAAGUUGAAAAGGCGUAGAGAGGAAAGGCAACGUGGCCGAACUGCUCUUGAUGAAGUGCUAGCACAAAUCAAAGAUGAAUCAUCAUGUCAGCAAUUCAUUCGAAGACAAUAUCUCAAAGAAACCAACCAAGGCUUGACAGAAGCUGCUCCUUUUAGUGGUCGCCGAUCAGCGCCACCUCUUAACAUUAUUGGAAUGCCUGGAUCUGAAAAUCUGACUGCUAAAGAGAAAGAGCUGUGUGCCAGCAUUCGACUUCUACCAACAUCUUUUCUGCAGUACAAAGCUACCCUCCUUAAUGAGUAUCGCAAGUUAGGAAGCCUUAGAUUAGCUAAUGCAAGAACUGUAAUAAAAAUCGACGUUAACAAAACCCGUAAAAUAUAUGACCUGUUACUUGAAGAAGGCUUGGUUAGUAAAGGUUGUUAAAUAUGUUAUUUUCUUUUGUAAAUAUGUAAAUAAAUGUAUUUUGUGUAAUUUUGUAUCACAAAUAAAUGUUUUG